CAAGUUAUGCUCUAUAGUGCACCAUCUACGUUAUAGCUCGCCUUGGUCUCGUAGCAGUCACCUUUUUAAAUAUAACUUUCCGCUUUAUCGGUCUGGCACGUAUUACCGUGCUUGAAGCUUGAGAUUUAUAACGUGUUAUGUGUCUUUCAAGUCACGAUUUGCAGCAACGUUUGGUUGAAAGCGAGAAAAUCUCGAAACUGUCUUGCGUCGGACGACGUGAGCAACAUAUCCUAAUGGUCUAGUGACUGCGUCAUUUAAAGGCCGGUUAUGUGGUCAGCAUCUGCGAAAACAGGCCGGUCCGCCUCGCAGCGGCUGCUAAGUACGCGGAUUGUCCGACUCUGCAUCCUUAUAGUGGGUAGCCUCGCGCUUCUUACAUACGUAUGGAAAGUCACUUUCUCCUUCCCGGAUAUCCUAGCAAGUCAUGGUGACGAACAGCUUUUGCGGCAACGGCGCUUUCUCACUGCCUCGGGCUCAUCCUCGGGCAUCCCGGUUGCGGCGCAGCGGUCGCUGGCCCCAAGCCAGCCUACCCAAUCGCCGCAACUCGUUCCUGAACCGCAGCGACCGUUACGCCAAUUACCAUACACGGAUCAAAAAUACCGACUAUGGAACCUUACAGACCCGGACACCUCUCCUCGUUGCGCGGCUUCCAAGAUUUGCGAUGGCAACUACGAUUGCGGUCCGGAUGGUCUAGGCUGCGUCACAGACGCGGCGGGGCGCCGAGAGUUCAUCCGCAAGGCUGCCAAGUGGACAUGGGAGGGCUACAGGAAGUACGCAUGGGGUCACGACGAGCUCAACGCGGUCAACCGCAGCAGCUACGACUGGCUCCACCUGGGCCUCACCAUUGUCGACUCGCUGGACACGCUGCAGCUGCUGGGGCUGGAGGCGGAAUAUGAGGAGGCGCGACACUGGGUGCUCAAUAACCUGGACUCAAGCCCGCAGGGGCCUGUAUCGGUGUUUGAGACGAUCAUCCGCGUGCUUGGCGGCCUGCUGUCGGCCUUUGCGCGCAGCGGUGACCAGGCGCUGCUGGGGAAGGCGCUAGAGUUCGGCGACAGACUGCUCCCCGCCUUCAACACCACCACCGGAGCAGCGCAGCCGCAGUUCGAACUCCGCACCCGCGGCGCCAACGAGUCGCACUACCGAGCGCAUAUGGAGCUGACCUGUGUUGCGGAGGUGGGAACCCUCUCGCUGGAGUUUAGCAGCCUCAGCAGGUUCACAGGUCGCCCCGAGUUCCGGCAGCUGGGUGUGCGCUCCUGGCAGCUGCUGGGCGGCCUGCCCUCCCUAGACGGGCUGCUGUGCAUCGACCUGCAGACCACCCGCGACAGCAGCAGCAGCGGCAGCACGGGGGACAGCGGCAGCAGCGGCGCUGGUGGUGGUGGUGGGGGCGGUGCCAUUGAUAGCACGCGUGGCGGCAGUAAUGGUACGGCAGCGGUUGCAGCGGACGGUGGCGAGCGACUGAGCUGCCGUAGUCAGCAUUACGGCUUCGGUCCCGCUGCUGACAGCGCGUACGAGUACAUGUUGAAGCAGUGGAUCCUGAGCAAUGGACGCGAUGGGGUCUGUCUGGACAUGUACACGGCGGCGCUGCGGGGCAUGCGGCGGCACCUGCUGCGGGAGGUGUGGGCGGGUCCGGAGCUGGGGUCGCAGUGGAUGGUGGCGGAGCGGCAGGGCCCGCGGGAGGAGAAGUUCGCGGUGACGACGCUGAUGCUGGACCACCUGACGUGCUUCCUGCCGGGAACCCUGGCGCUGGGCCACAUGUACCGCAUCAACUCCGCUGCCGGCCCCGAAGACGAUGACGACCUCACCCUCGCCGUCAAACUCGCCAAGACCUGCUACGAAAUGUACCGCCAAUCCGCCAGCGGUGUUGCCUUUGAUGCCGUACUGCUCAUUCCCGAUUACAGCUCACUCCAGUCUAACACCGGCUCGCUGAAUGAUAGUCAGCACGCCGUGAAGGAGCGGUGGAUGCCGGGGGAUGAAGUGCGUCACCCCGCUUCGUCACCGCUACAGCCGUCUACAGUGAAUGCGUUCGGCGGUGGUGCUGCUGCUGCGGGUAGCGGUGGUGGUUCUUCUGGGGAGCAGCGGGGGCCACAGGGCGGUGUCAUGCAGGGCCAUGGGGCUACCAAUGGGGUAAGCCACCGCCGCCGACUACUACAGCAAGGGGGACAGCAGGGGCAGGGGCAGCAGCCGCAUGAAGGACAGCAGCAGGGAGGGUUGCAGCAGCAACCGCAGGUGCAGCAGCAGCAGCCGGCCGCAGGAAGGCCCCGCUUGAAGCACGUGUUCCAGCCCCAGCGCCCCGAGAGCAAGUUGCGACCCGAGGUGGUAGAGUCGCUGUUCUACUUGUGGAGGGCGACAGGCGACCCCAUCUACCGCGAAUGGGGCUGGAACAUGUUCCGGGCGCUGGAGCGCUGGUGCCGGGUGGAGUCGGGCGGCUACCAGGGCCUCGCCUUCGUGGACAAAGUGCCGCCGCCAGGUGCCGACCGGCAGGAGUCCUUCUGGCUGGCUGAGACGCUCAAAUACUUCUACCUGCUGUUCUCGGAUGACCCGGAUGAGGUCCCGCUGGAUGAGUUCGUGUUCAACACGGAGGCGCACCCGCUGCCCAUCUGGGGCUCACCCGCGGACACCCGGCUGAGGCAGGCGCUGCGGACCCAGCCGGCGGGCGGGCGGGGGGCGGGCGGGGGGCGGGCGCCUGGGCUGCACCGGGGGCAGCAGCAACAGCCGGCCAGCUAGGUGUGUUUGGUGCGUGAUGUGUGCUAGGCUAGGCUAGGCUAGACAGCUGGGGAGGGGGUGCGACCCAUCAGACACGUGCAUGGUGGAGUCCGCAGCAGCAGCAGCGGCAGCAGCAGCUGGAGGGCGGCUUGCAAGGGGAGCUCCUGCCGUGAUGACCGGCGCCCUCACGGUUGGGCUGGGGGCGGGGUGCUGCACCUGGGGCGUGUGCGGCAGAGGCGGCAGCAACAGCCCUGGUUCAGUGGGUCGGGCGUCGUAAUGCAGAAGCGCGCAGGCAGUUGUUACGUAGUGAAGUGGCGGAAAGGCGGGGGCAGAAGCGCAAACUCAGGUGGCGGGUAGCAGUGGGAGGAUGCGGAUAGCAGAGGCCGCUUUGAACGGCGACAGUGGCGGGGGUUUGUUUUGCGACGCAUGGGUACCCAUGCACGCCCCGUGGAUGAGGCACCCCGCCGACACCCCUGGCAUGCCCUAAAACCCUAUCACCCAUUAAUUACAAAGAAUAUAUGUUACACAGGUGUUACACCUGGUUACACCCGUAUUUGCUCGAUCAGCCGUGCAACCCGUGAUAGCUUGGUCAUAGCUUGAUCAUAGCGUGAUCAUUGAAAGAUCCUGAAUGUUACACGUGACCCAAUGACUGCACUGAUUUUGGUUCUCUUGACAAUUCAUCGAGGCCAUCCGGCGGCGACGUGUGUGUAACUUCCUGUGGCGACGGAGGAGGGAAGGCAUAUGGGGUUAUAUGUUGGAUGUAUUUCAGGACUAUGACGGAAGGAAACCAAGGGAGGAGGAGUUCGGCGCGACGGGCUGGUUAAUGGCUGUUAGUAUGUGAACCCAACACUUCAGCAGUGAGGAUUGUGACUCUUUUUACUGACUGUGCGCGUGCAUGCUGGCAUGCGGGUCGUGUGGUUCCAGUUGCGCUUGCAGCAAGGGAGUUCGUGGCAACACAGCGGUGGUGGAGGACUGACAGAUUGUGCCCUGCAUGGCAGUAGAGGUGUGUGAAGGACGGGGGCAGCAGCUGCAGCUGAAGAGUGGUGAAAGGCGCUUGUUGGGUGGUUCCUUUGCUGUUGCAAACAGCGCAAUCACAACUGCUCUUUGUGGCCUUGGUGUUGAAGAGCUCGAAUCAGGUUUGGGUGUGGUUCGUGUGGCUUCCACUUGUGCUGCUGCCCGUUGGCUGCUGUGCGAGCUGUUUGGAAGUGCAGGACCACAAACAUGUGAUCAUGGCCACCGUUUGGGGAGAUAAACUGAAGUGGGAUUUUCGGUCGGAGACUACUGAUUGUUCUGGAAUGGGA